AUGGCUGCAGAAAUCCAAGAGCUUCUUCCUCCCCUCAACAAUCUCAUCAAAAAAAUCAUCAAGCUGCCCAACAACAUUCUCAACCCCAACCCUCAACUCACACCUCAGCUCAUCCAUGGCAGCCCUCGACCUCCGAAAUUCGUAAAGCAAAAGCCCGACAUCAAUCUCGGAAACGACCCGUUGGUGAAGUCGGGCCGUAGAUAUCAUAAAUGCCGACCCAAAAAACAAGUGCCCUUGAUCGAACCCGUUUUCCGAAAGGCUAGGUUGCGGCCAGCAAUAAACGAGCCCGUGCAGAAGGAUUGUGAGCAAGAGUGA